UGCUCAAUUCAAACAUCCCGUGCGCGGCGCCAUCUAGUGGAUGUAGUGCAACUCUCUCCUGCAGUCUUUUCUGGUGCUCUUGUCCAAACGUGUGAGAUGACGCGUCUCUGCUGCAGAGGCCGGACCGCCUCCCCCUGCCUCCCUCUGCCUCCCUCUGCCCCCUCCCCUCCCCUCCCGUCCGGACACUGCGGGGAGCAUCCAGUCGCGCACGCACACUUCUCCCUCCUCCUCGUGUCCCACUGCAGACUUCCCGACUGUCCGGAUAGCGACAGAACCGAGCGGCACGAUGGCCGAGUCCAAGCCGCAACGGGGCUUCCCGCGUCUGCGACGCGCCACGACGUCGUUUCCUGGCAACCUGCACUUGGUUUUGGUUCUCCGCCCUUCCGGCUUGUUAAGCUCCGCCCCCAGCCCAUCCUCCAGCACCGACCUGGACUUCCGCUUCAGCCACGAUGACUUCCUGUUCAGGAUGCCGGUGGUGAUGCUGCGCUCGGUGGGCGACCUGCUCCGCUACAUCGACGACAACCGCCUAACGUCGGACCUACGCGGCGACGCCGAGCGCUGUCGCGGCGACUGGAUCGUACUGCGCUCGGCCAUCGAGACGUUCGCCGUGACGGUGAAGGAAGCGGCGCACCUCCUGCAAGGCUUCGGCUCCGAGCUGUCCGACGGCGAGCUUCCCGACGACGCCGACGCCGUCGACUUCCUGCUGCGCUCGCACACGCAGCGAUACCGACACAUGAAGGAGGACAUUACAGGGCUGCUGAAGGAAGGGCGCCUUCUGCUGGACAACCUGGAGACGCACCUGGCCUCCACGAAGGACACCGCGGAGGACGAGGAGGACGUCCAAUCAGACUUGCACACGGUACAAAGGCUGCUCGCCCAGCUGCGCGACAUGGAGGAGGCGUUUGACGGCUUCUUCGAGAAGCACCACCUGAAGAUGCAACAGUGCCACCAGCUGCUGCUCUAUGAGCGCAGCUUCCAGCUGAUGGAGGAGGAGCUGGAGAAGACAUCCGGCGAGGAGAAGGCCAUCCCGGCCGUGGGGAACACGCUGCUGCGCACGGAACAACUCCUCAAAGAUCUGCACGCUCUGGAGCAACGCGCAGAGGAGGUGAUGUCCCGCGCUGGGGUUCUGACGCUGCAGGGCCACCAGCUGGCCGCCCGCCAUCAUUACGCCCUGGCGCUCAUCAUGCAGCGCUGCAAUGAGUUGCGUCAUCACUGUGAUGUCAUCAGCGGGGGACUGCGCAGCAAACGCGCAACACUAGUGCGAGCGAAAGACCUGUUUACGCGACUCGACCAGGCUCUGCGCUGGUGUGACGAGGGCGCGUACCUGCUGGCCAGUCAGAUGGUCGACCGCUUCCAGAGCAGAGAAGGCGCUCAGGAGGCCCUGCAGUACCUGAGCCGCCACCGACAGAGGGCGCCAGAUGUGCUGGACGGCAAACAGGAUGUGCUCAGUCUGGAGUUUGAGGCCAUACUCACUCCCCAGCUGCAGAGUCAGAUCUCCAUGGUGACGGACAAGCUGGCAUCCAUGCGGGCCAUGAUCCACAACAGAGAGCAGUGUCUACGCAAGAUGGCCGACGUGCGGGUCAGACCCGUCCAGCCGGUGGCGCCGCGGCCCGAAGCGGAACCGGCAGAACCGACCGCGCUGCACGGAGUCAAGGCGCCGCUCUUCUCGCCCAAACACGGUGUGGACUUCAACCUUCUCAACUCCAGGUUCCCCUUCGAUCUUCUUCCUGGAAAGAGAACCUCCAGGAGGACCAGCGGCCAACGAAAAAUCGAAGUGAUGCACGACUACCAAGGCAACCGCAGCUCCUUGUAUGGCUCCGCCCCCGACAGCGACUCAGAGGCGGAGGAAGGGGCGGAGCAAGUGAUGAUUCGCAUCAUGAAGGAGCUCAUCUCCACCGAGAAGAUUUACGUGGAGGAGCUCCUCGCUGUCCUUCUGGGCUACCGAGCAGAGAUGGAGGAUCCGUCCAUGUGUGAUCUUCUGCCGUCGCUUCUCCGCAGUCACAAGGACGUCCUGUUUGGAAACAUGCCACAAAUAUACCGGUUUCACAGCGGAACAUUCCUGCAGGACCUCCAGCGCUGCCUGGACACGCCGGAGCGGGUGGGCCAGUGUUUCCUGCAGCGGGUGAGGAAGACGAGGGUGACGCUGACUUCAGUGGCAAAACAAACCAAAUCAUCUGUACGUGUGCGUGUAGAAGGAGAACUUCCAGAUGUACGAGAAUUACUGCCAGAACAAGCCUCGCUCGGAGUCGCUAUGGAGACAGUGCUCGGACUCCGCCUUUUUCCAGGAGUGCCAGAAGAAGCUGGACCACAAGCUGUCUUUGGACUCGUACCUGCUGAAACCCAUCCAGCGCCUCACCAAGUACCAGCUGAUCCUCAAGGUUCCGCUCGCACGCACACACUGACAGGAAGUGCGCCCGCACCUCACACACACACACACCUGUCUCACCUGUGUGCGCAGGAACUUCUCAAACACUGCACGGAGCCGCAGUACCGCACGCAGCUGCAAGAGGCGCUGGACUGCAUGCUGGACCUCGUCAAGUCCGUCAACGACUCCAUGCACCAGACCGCCAUCGUCGGCUACCAGGGCGAGCUGGGCCCGCUGGGCCGCGUGCUUCUGCAGGGCGGCUUCGGCGUGUGGAUCAGCCGCAAGAGGGGGGGCGCGCGCAUGCGGGAGCUGGCCCGCUUCAAAGCCGCCCGGCGCCACGUCUUCCUCUACGAGAGAGCGCUGGUCUGCUGCAAGCGCCGCGACGACCGCCGCAGCUCGCCCGUCUACAGCUUCAAGUCCUGCCUGGGGGUACGCCGCGAGUCGGGAAAAGAAAAGCGCGCCAUCCUAAUGCACGCGUACGUAAACGGACGGCUCGUGUACACGCAGAUGAACUCGGUGAGCGUGACAGAAAACGUCAAAGGAGACGCCAAGAAGUUUGAACUCUGCCACAGAGGAACACAGGAAGUCUACAUCCUCCAGGUGCGUCUCCUUUUUCCGACGCACGCACGAUGCGUGUAUAUCAACGCAUUUGGACACGCGACACUACUACGGCGUGCGUGCGUGCGUGCGUUCGCAGGCUCCCAGCACGGAGGUGAAGGUCGCUUGGCUCACGGAGAUCCAAAAGAUCAUCAGCCAACUGCACAAAGCUCUUUCAGCCACGCACGCUCCGCCAGAUGGGAGGAGUCUGUCAACACCAGCCCCGCCCACUCGGACCCCACGCCGCACUCGCCCCCGCGAGCCUGGCCGGCGGCGGCGCACUCGGUGGCCAUCUGCGACGGCUUGGAGGACUGGGGGGCCACGGACGGCUCCAACGUGUCCGAUACCGACGACGACGACGACGACGACGACGACGACGAGCGGCCCGCGCCCCUGGCGGCGGGUCGCUACCGAGUCCUAGUGGCCAGCAGCACGGCGAGCAGCGAUGACAUCAUCUUUAUGUGCGGCGAUGUCAUCCAGCUGCUGCAUUGCGACGCGGACGGAAUGUGGCUGGUGAGGAACGUGAGCCGCGACGAAGAGGGGCGUGUCCUGGCCGAAGACUUGCACAGGAUUCUGGGAGAGACGUGCUGAGAGCCGACCUCCUUCCUCACCGUGACAUCGGCGCCCGCCUCCUCCUCCAUCACCGACGUUAAUCCGGCACGUGGCAAAUUGCUCCGCUUUGAAGCUAAAGGUUAGCGUAGGACGUUAGCGUAGCGCGUUCACUUGCACAAACAUGUUGUCUUCCUUUUUUUGUUUGUAUCGCUAUCGGGCCGAUUCAGCCUUAUUUCGAGGUGUCGGGUAUCGCUGAGGCAGAAAAAGUCCUCCUCGCCGGUGGUCGGCGCUACACUGCGGCCGCGGGACACAUCGGCGAAUCGUGUGCGUCAGAAAGAAAGAAAGAAAGGUCUCCGUUCGUAAUUAUCUUCCAAUGUGUUCAUUGAAAUUGUAUGCAUCAAAAGUAUUCGUGAUAUGGAGUAGAGCGCUCGAGCGCUCAACGCUUACUGGUAUCGGUCUGACAAAAAGUGCUCUCGAACAUCCCUAAUGCGGCAAAAGCGAAGGCGAUCAAGUGGAACGUGACCGCUUGCCACAGAAGAGCGUCAGAAGUGCCUUACAUGCGACGGCCGGCAGGGGGCGCCUGUGCAAAGACAAGGUGACAUCGUCAGGAGCUUUCGGAGUCGGCGCCCUUUAGCGCUUUGUUGUCCUUUUCGAAGCUCGUGUUUGUGAUUAGUUUGAUUUUGGGGCCGCGCUUGCUUUCGAGGCGCUCCGUAGUUGAGUUGAUCCCGUCAGGACUUUCACAAUAAAAGCACACAAUCGACUGACUUCCUGUUUGUCGUCAACGAGCUGACGCGUUCGUGCAUCUUUAUUCUGGAAAACGUUUCGCCACAAAAAAGAGGCGGCAAGAAGAACGGGAAGUGCGUCGUGAACGCACGAGCGACAGGUGGGCCGCCUUUGAUAGCUAGCUACGGCAACUACGGUCGGACCAAAAGGACCAAAUUUCAAAGGUAG